AUGCCACCCCGCCCGUCUAGUUUCCUGCGAUCAGUCGCUUCAUCUUCGGUUCCUUGCCUACCACGUCUACCAUCGCCAUAUAUCUGCCACUCAUGUCUCCGUCGCACCAUACCCUCUCCUCCACGGCGCAUCCAAGUCUCACACUUCCAUGCCACAGCUUCACGAUACGCCGAUAACUUAGUCAAUCAUUACGAGACGCUGCAUUUGAACUCGACAGCCUCUGCCUCUGAAAUCAAGCGUCAAUUCUACACGCUCUCGAAGAAAAACCACCCGGACCACAAUCGUAACGAUCCCGAAGCCUCUACACGUUUCGUCGCGAUAAGCGAAGCCUAUCACGUUCUCUCCGUACCAGAGAAGCGCGCCCAAUACGAUGCACAACUAGAACAUUCGCAACGACAAUCACGAUGGGGACAGAGCGGGAGUGAAUACCCGCAAGGGAGUUACAGCUCCGCUGCAUAUGGUUCAAGACCAGCCAGUGGAUUGAACAAGAAGCGCAGUACCUUCCGAGGUCCACCUCCCUCGUUUUAUAAGUCUGGCGGCUAUGGACGCCACGGUGCGAAGCGAGCUGAAUAUGCAUAUUCAAGCGCACAGGACGGAGGGGAAACAGGCAAAGAUGCCGGUCAAGAGUCAUACGGCGAAUGGGGUGGAUUUGGCCCAGGACAACAGAAGCAAGGCAAUCAAGUCCCCCACUUCGAUGACAUAAGGCAUAAGGAAACGCAUGACAACGUAAACGAGCAUAUAUGGGCCAGGCGGAAAAGGCUACGCAGAAAUAGCAUCAAACUAGAAGAAGAAUGGGAGAAGGGCAAUAUGGUAGUCAAUUUUCUGGCCGUUUCAACUGUUAUUGCACUCAUUGGGAUUACGGCCAAGUUUUUCGAGAAUCGACAUGAGGCUAGUCAUCGUAAGACCAAGGAGAGUGCUUGA